CACUAAGACAUAUUAUUUCAUAGUGUUGUACUUGCUUUUGCAAAACCCACGAAAACCCCUAAAAAAGUUUGCAUUUUUGGAUCUUAAAUUGCGUCUUUCACUAUCUUUGAGACCCAAUUGCUGAGUUGCAUAUACAAUAUGAUGACCCCGCUUAAUGACCCAUUUCAGCGAUUGAAGCAUAUGAAGAAGCUCUCCAGAUCUUUCACUGUACUUUGCAGAGAUUAUAGUGUGCAAAGUGGGAAGGGCAUGAAUACUCAGAGUCUAAAGAUUAAAGGGGUUAAAGAUAUCAUAGCUGUUGCUUCUGGUAAAGGGGGUGUUGGCAAGUCUACUACUGCUGUAAAUUUAGCUGUCUCACUUGCUAAUAAGUGCCGGCUUAGUGUUGGUUUGCUUGAUGCGGACGUUUAUGGACCAUCUAUACCUACAAUGAUGAAGCUUCAAGGAAAGCCUGAAGUGAUGAAAGCUCUUGAACAAUUGACCAGGGGAGUUGAUUGGGGAAAUUUAGAUGUUCUCGUGGUGGAUAUGCCUCCUGGUACCGGUGAUGCCCAGAUAUCAAUUUCACAAAGGCUGCAAUUAUCAGGUGCCUUGAUUGUUUCAACUCCUCAAGAUGUCGCAUUAAUGGAUGCUCGGAGAGGAGUAAAUAUGUUUUCUAAAGUCGCAGUGCCUAUUCUUGGUAUCAUAGAGAAUAUGUCCUACUUCAAGUGCCCACACUGUAAUGAACCAUCAUUCAUUUUUGGGAAAGGAGGAGCUCGCAAAACUGCUGAAGAUAUGGGUCUGAGAUUUGUAGGCGAGAUACCAUUGGUGGAGGAAGUCAGAAGUGGUUCUGAUGAUGGUGUCCCCAUAGUAGUGUCCAACCCUGAUUCCGCGGUGGCCAAAUCAUAUGGUGAUGUGGCUCAAAGCAUUAUGAGCAUACUUGAAGACUUGGCGAAGCAGCGAGAUGUCCAACCAGAGAUAAUCAUGUAAACCUUGUAGAUGGUAUGUAUGCUCUUCUAUGAUGUGAGCCGUGUAGAUUUGUGACUGUAAGCGCUUCUAGGAUGUGAAUGUGUAGAUGGUUUUGUUACACUCACAUGAAAUGCCAGUUACCCUUUUCUUUUCUCUAAAUGAAAUUCUUGAACUCUAUUUUGUAGGGCUAAAUAAGGCCACCAUAGCCUCAUGAACUGCUCAGUUCAGCUGUUUAUUCGUUCACUUGUUCACAUCUGAACUGUAAAAAAUUUAAAUUUUUAAAGCAUAGAUUUUACGGAAAGCU